ACCGAAAUCGUGAUUAUUGAAGUCCCAACACCAAUCACUACUAUCACCAGCACGUGGACGGGAUUGGAAACGUCAACUACCACUGAGUUUAGCUCUGGAACCGAAAUCGUGAUUAUUGAAGUCCCAACACCAAUCACUACUAUCACCAGCACGUGGACGGGAUUGGAAACGUCAACCACCACUGAGUUUAGCUCUGGUACUGAAAUCGUGAUUAUUGAAGUCCCAACACCAACUCAAGUAUUUUCAAGUACAGUUAGCAGCUCUAUAGUUUCAACUGCUAGUACUUCUUCACUUAUAUCCAGCAGUACUUUAACAGCUGACACUUAUUCAUCAACUUAUACCAUCAUCACUACUGGCUCUUUAUCUUCUUUCCAUGGCUGGAAUUCAUCAACUAUUUCUCAGCCAUCGUCCAAGUAUUUGGUCCAGUCGCUGGUUUCCGCGACUACAACUCAAGCGGGUAGUAGCACAUUAGCUUCUAUAAGUACUACAUCAACUUUCUCAACAUUGGUAGUCCUGGUGUCUAGUGUUUCUUUUCAUUCAUCUAAGGUGGUGAGCAGCGAAAGCGCGCCAGAACCUUCAUCCUCUUCGAACCCGGUGAAAUCUGAAGCUCAAACAGCUACUUCCAUUGGUAUACCCAUUAGUACAGGAACAACUUUAAAUAUUAUAUCAGUAGUCACUGGCAAUGGUGCACCAGUAGUCACUCCGGAAGUACCACCUACUAGCACUAGCUCAGUAAUAGCUGUACCAGGAGAAAGUGGUAAUAGUGCGAAAGUAGUCAUACCCGAAGUAACAGGCAAAAGUUCAGAGUCUUUAAGCAGCUUAACAUUGGCUCCUACAACUCUCCAAAGCGUUACUCCAAGCCCAACUGGACUCUCCUCCAUAUAUGAGCUGCAGGAAACAUCCACUUCUGGUAUCAUUACUACUAUUAUCCCUCCUAACCAAGAAGGAUCUGCAAAGAGGAACCUGGCUUCUUAUUUGAUAUUCAUUCUUCCAUUCUUUUUCCUAUAA